AUGGCCCGCUUCCUCCGCGCCAUCGCCGUCGCCGCGGCGCUGGCUACCAGCGUCUCGGCCAUCGACCCUCCCCGCCCCCCGACCCAGCCCGUUGGUGGCGGAGAGCGCCUCAUUACAUACCAGGAGAGCCGCAGCGGUGCCUUCGCUGCCAGCUCGCGCGCCGUCAGCUGGGUCGAUGGUACCGACGACGGCCGGUACAUUUUCGCCAACACGGCAGGUCUUGUCUUUGAGGACAUUGUCUCCGGUGAAAGCGAGACCUUUGUCCCCGCCAGCGCCCUUCCCGCCGACUACAGGGACUACUGGAUCCGUCCGGACCUGAAGAAGGUCCUCUUCGCCACCAACGACACGAAGCAGUACCGCCACUCCUUCUUUGCCGACUACCAGAUCCUCGACGUCGAGUCGGGCGAACUGACCCCCCUGGUUGCUGACCAGGCUGGUGAUAUCCAACACGCCGAGUUUGCCCCCGCUGGCGACGCCAUCGCCUUUGUCCGCGGCAACAACCUGUACCUGAACAAGGGCGGCGACGUGACCCAGGUUACCAACGAUGGUGGCCCUGAUCUGUUCCACGGCGUGCCCGACUGGGUCUACGAGGAGGAGAUCUUUGGUGACAAGAAGGCUCUCUGGUUCUCCCCCGAUGGCGAGUAUGUCGCCUACCUGAGCUUCGACGAGACCGGUGUCGAGACCUUCACCAUUCCUUACUACAUGGACGGCCAGAAGACGGCCCCUGUCUACCCCCGAGAGCUCGACCUCCGCUACCCCAAGGUCGGCACCACAAACCCUACCGUCAAGUUCUCCCUGCUCGAGGUUGACUCGGGCGAGUCGACCACUCUCGAGGUCGAUGCCUUUGCUGCCGAUGACCUCAUCAUCGGUGAGGUCGCCUGGGUCACCACUAACCACACGAGCGUUUUGUACCGCGCCUUCAACCGUGUCCAGGACCAGGAGAAGGUUGUCCGGGUUGACGUCGAGGACCGCAAGUCGACAACCAUUCGCGAGCGUGACGGCUCCGACGGCUGGCUGGACAACCUCCUCGCCAUCCAGUUCGUCGGCAGGCUGAACGGCACCUGCGACCCUUACUACCUCGACAUCUCUGACGUGUCUGGCUGGAAGCACCUGUACCUCUACCCCGUCAAGGGCGGCGAGCCCAUCGCCCUGACGGAGGGCGAGUUUGAGGUUGCUUCGGUGCUCAAGGUCGACACCAAGAAGCGCCUGAUUUACUUCACCUCGACUGAGCGUCACAGCACUGAGCGCCACUUGUACUCCGUCUCUUACCCUGGUGGCGUCAAGAAGGCGCUUGUCGAUGACACCGUUCCCGGGUACUUCGGCGCUUCCUUCUCUGCCGCUGGUGGCUUCUACAUUCUGAACUACCUCGGACCCAAUGUUCCCUACCAGGAGCUUUACGCUACCAACUCAACGAAGCCCCUGCGUACUAUUACGACCAACGAUGCCCUCAUCGCCAAGAUUGCCCAGUACAAGCUGCCCAACAUCACGUACUUUGAGCUUGAGCACCCCGAUGGAUACUCCCUAAACGUCAUGCAGCGCCUGCCUGCCAACUUCGACUCCAGCAAGAAGUACCCUGUCGUUUUCACCCCCUACGGCGGCCCCGACGCCCAGGAAGUUCAUAAGCGAUUCCAGGCCAUUAACUGGCGCGCCUACAUUGCUUCGGACCCUGAGCUCGAGUACAUCACCUACACUGUCGACAACCGUGGCACAGGCUGGAAGGGCCGCGAGUUCCGCGCCACUGUGGCCUCCCACCUUGGCCGCCUCGAGCCGCUUGACCAGAUCUGGGCCGCCGAGCAGCUCAUUGCCGAGUACGAUUUCAUUGACGCCGAGCACAUUUCCAUCUUUGGCUGGUCGUACGGUGGCUUCCUGGCCGCCAAGACCCUUGAAGAGAACUCGGGCGUCUUCACCAGCGGUCUGAUCGUCGCGCCUGUCACCGACUGGCGCUUCUACGACAGCAUGUACACUGAGCGUUACAUGAAGACCAGCCAGAUGAACCCCGAUGGCUACAACGAGACUGCUGUGACUGACACCACUGGCUUCAAGAACCUGGCGGGCAAGGCGUACAUUGCGCACGGCACUGGUGACGACAACGUGCACUACCAGAACACCGCUGCCCUGGUUGACCUUCUCGUCGGCAGUGCUGUACCGCACGCCAAGUUCAACUGGCAUGCGUUCACCGACAGCGACCACAGCAUUGUGUACAACGGCGCUGGUGCUUUCAUCUACAAGGUCCUGACAGAGGCGCUGUAUGCUGAGAAGAACCGCAAGGGCGACCCCCUGAAGCACCAGUGGAGCCGCAAGUCUGUGGCGAACGCCAAGUUCGUCUACGAGUAUUGA